AAUAGGUGAUGAAAAGGAAAAGUAUAAGGCAUUCUAUUCGCACCAUAACCCAACUAAAAAUGAAAACUUCAGGGAUACUAGCUCAGAUGAAAAGAAUGAUUAUAAGUCGUCGAAUGCGGAUGAAGUUGAUAAAUCACUCGCCGAUUCGAAUAAGCUGGUGAAUACUGAAUCAGGUGAUCCAAUAGGGCUUGAAUGGUAUUUACACGUAAAUGGAGGUAUGAACGAUAAUAUUGAUGAUGAUGUCGAUUGUAUUAAGAUUAUGAAGUGUACGGUGGUUGAGAAUGAAGAAGAAAUGAGUCAAAGAAGGGAGAUAGUUAGUAGAACAAAUGAAGAUAUGAACAAUACGAAUAGAGGUGCGGUAGUGAUAAAUAGUGAUAAAAAGAGGAUCGAUGUAAAUAAUAGAAAUAGUGUAAUUAUUUGUUCGACAAGUAGUGAUAAAGCAUGUCAAAAGAUUAAUGUAAAACUUGAAGUCCCACCAGAACCGGAUG